AUGUCCGACUACGAGGAGAAGCCAAUCGGCGCCAAGGACCACCACCAGGUAGUCAGUGGCCCCAGCACCUCUGGCUCUGUGACCCCGCCACUUGGUGACACCACCGUCUCCGUCAACGACAUUGACGGGUCCAAGGCAAAGCACAACUACAACGUCGACACUGAGUCCCUCAUCUCGGACACGACCCUCAUCGCCCAGCAAGAGGGCCUCAAGCCUGCCUUCCUCGCCAAGGCCAACAUUCUCAACAACGCCAUUGCCGACAUCGGCAUGGGACGCUACCAAUACGAGCUGUUCUUCAGCGGCGGCUUUGGCUGGUUUGCUGACAACAUCUGGCUCCAGGCCGUCGCCAUUGUCAUGCAGUCGGUCUCGUACGAGUGGGAGGGCUACCCCAACGUUCGUUUCGCCACACUGGCCCUCUACGCUGGUCUUAUCUGCGGCGCUACCUUCUGGGGCAUCACCGCGGACAUUAUCGGCCGCCGCAUUGCCUGGAACUCGACCUUGUUCAUCGGUGGUCUCUUUGGCAUCUGUGCCGGUGCCGCGCCCAACUUUAUCGUCUUCUGCACCUUUGUGGCACUGAUCGGCUUUGGUGUCGGCGGCAACUUGCCUGUCGACGGCACCAUGUUCCUCGAGUUUAUGCCCGGCAGCCACCAGUGGCUUCUGACCUUGCUCUCCCUCUGGUGGGCUAUCGGCCAGGUUGUCGCGUCCCUCAUUUCGUGGGCGUUCAUUGCCAAGUACGGCUGUGUCCGUGACUCGGAGAACCCUCCCCCUACUGGCGCCGCUUGGUGCACCAAGGCCGACAACUCGGGCUGGCGCUACACCUACUACACCCUCGGCGCCAUGAUGCUGUUCCUCUGGGCGCUUCGCAUCUAUGCCCUCCCCGUCUACGAGUCGCCCAAGUUCCUUGCGUCCGUCGGCAAGGACCACGAGGCCGUCGAGACCAUCCACAAGCUCGCCAAGCGUAACGGCAAGACAUCGACCCUCACCGUCGAGGACCUCCAGAACGCCGCUGCCCCGUACAUGGACGACCAGGACCGCGCCAACCAGGCCAAGUAUGACACAAAGUUCUCAGUCUGGGAGCUCAUCAAGAACUCGAUGGAGGACGUCAGCGGUGACAAGCUCAAGACUCUGUUCGGCACCAAGCGUCUCGCAUACUCGACCUCGCUGAUCAUCUUCUGUUACGGUGCUGUCGGUCUUGCCUACCCUCUCUACAACCAGUUCCUCACCGGCUACCUCUCCAAGAAGGGUGCUCAGCUCGGCAGCGGUUCCGUCAACGACACCUACUCGGCAUACACGUACCAGGCCGCAUGCGGUGUCCCCGGAUCCAUGGCCGCCGCGUACCUCGUCACCUGGUCGCGCGCCGGACGCAAGUUCUCCAUGGCCUUCUUCACCGCCGGCGCGGGUGUCUUCCUCUUCGGACUCACCGCUGCGCGCAACUACCCCACGAUCAACGCCCUCACCUGUAUCGCCGCCUUUAUGGAGAACGCCUUCUACGGUGUGCUCUUUGGCUACGCUCCCGAGCUCUUCCCCACCCCAGUCCGUGGCACCGGUGACGCCCUCUGCGCGUCGUUCAACCGUAUCACCGGCUUCUUCUCGCCCAUCAUCGCCAUCUACUCGGCGGCCGCAACCACGCCCGACGGACCCGUCUUCGCCGCGGCCGGCAUCUUUGUGGCUACCGGCGUCAUCAUGUGCUUCCUCCCCGUGGAGACGUACGGCAGGACAGCGCUCUGA